AUGAGAUUGUUUAAGGGUUUGGGUCUCUUCAUAUGGGCUGCUUCAGCCUUUCUUCUUGUUCAUGAACUACACCCAGUAUCUUGUGGUGGUCUAGGAAAUAGGUUCGUUGAGAAUGGAGACCUUGUCACCGAUUUGCCUGGCCAACCAGUAGUCCAGUUCCGGCAUUACGCCGGAUACGUGACGGUGAACAAGAAGAAUGGGAGGGCCCUCUUCUAUUGGUUCUUCGAGGCUGCAUCUCAUGCUGAUGAGAAGCCUCUAGUCUUGUGGCUCAAUGGAGGUCCCAGGUGUUCCUCCGUUGGCUAUGGUGCAGCGCAGGAGAUUGGUCCUUUCCUGGUUGAAAAAGAUGGGAGUAAGCUCAAGUUCAAUCCAUUCUCUUGGAACAAAGGAAAGUAUGUUCCGGAGUUGGCUGAGCUCAUCUAUGACAUGAACAAGAAUCCUUCAUUGUUUAUAGACCUCAAGGGUUUCUUGUUGGGUAAUCCUGAAACCUCUGAUAGUCAUGACUGGCAAGGUUUGGUGGAUUAUGCUUGGAGCCAUGCCAUCGUCUCGGAUGCAACACAUGACAUCACCAGAGAUAACUGCAAAUUUGACAGUGAUGACCCAUGGAACAACACUAAAUGUCGGGAUGCUGUCGAGAGGUCCUUAAACAAUAUGAUACCGAGGAUCAUGGGUAGCUACGAUCCAUGCCUUGAUGGUUACACAACAUCUUUCUACAACAGACCAGAUGUUCAGAAGGCCCUCCAUGCUAGUGAUGGCCACAACAUCAGGAACUGGAGCAUCUGCAACAAACAAAUUUUUAACGAGUGGAAGGACUCGAUGCCCUCUGUUCUCCCCAUAUACAAGAAGCUGAUUGCAGGAGGGCUCAGGAUAUGGGUCUAUAGUGGUGACACAGAUGGAAGAGUCCCAGUGCUGUCAACAAGAUACUGUUUGGACACCCUAGGAUUGCCUACAGUUGGUCCCUGGAGGCCAUGGUACCAUAAGAAACAGGUGCUGCAGUGA